AUGUCGCCCCGCGGGCCUGUCCGCGUCCGCGGCCUCGCCUGGACCGUGCUGGGCUUGCUGCUCGUCUGUGUGCUCGCUCCGGGGGCGCUGGCGGCGGACGAGCGCAUCGACCCGUGCGCGCCCGAAUCUACAUAUGCCAAGGGCGACGGGCUGGUCCUGGGGGUCGCGUACUGGCCCGGUGGGAGGAUCGAGGACUGGACGAAUCUGAACCCCUGCGACCCGGACCGGAACGACAAGCUCAAGAGCGAGGGCGUCGUCGUUGCGUGGUACCGCACGAAGGUGGACGAGAUGUUCCUCAUGCAGAGCACGAAGGAGGACGAGGACCAGCUGUGGGAGCGCACGCUAGCCAAGGCAGCCGCGGGCGGGAACGCUACGAAAAUCAUCACCGCCGUCGUCUUCCGCGGGCUCCAGAGGUCCGAGGCGCGGGUGGUGCGCAGCGACGAGCCGGGCCUGACGGGCGGCGUCGGCGUGGUGUCGUCGAUGGCGGCUGUCGUGCGCCUGGAGCAGGGCGAGGUCCAGUACAUCCAGUGGCGCGACCUGGGCUGCUCCGAGUGCAAAGGCGACGCGGCGGCGUGCAUCAACGACCGGUCGUGCGCGGCGCCGUUCGCGGAGUGCACGUGCAGCGGCGCGUCCAACACCACGGCCUGCAGCGAGGAGGCCUACCGCCGGUGCUUCCUGUCCCUGCACGUGGGGUUCAGCGGCGUGGACGCGAACGACGAGGUGAUGACCAGCGGCGCGAUGAUCCGCAAGAUGCACGGCUUCAGCGCCACCGCGCUGUACCAGGACACCAAGGGCGCGGUGGAGGGCGCGAAGAGCAAGAUCCCCAGCAUCCCCGGGGGCAUCCCCGGCGUCAGCUCGGAGUUCAUCGCGACCGGCGCCGGCGACGGAGCGGUGCACGAACCGAGCGACUGA